UCAAGUGCAUGACGUGAUGUACACUUUGUUGCGUGCAAAGCGCUAUAGCUUCGCGUGUCAUGUACAAUGAAAAACUAGCGCGACGUGCAUGCAGAAGGCAAAGAAAAGCAUGGGGUUGCCAGCCGGCCGUCAACAAAAUGAAACCGAAAAGGCGAAAUUGAAAAUGUAAACCCUGUGUUUUUAGUUCGGAUUUAUUUAUCCUGUAGGAUAAACUGCAUCUUCCUUAAAGAUGCCCUUCGUCAACCGACGCGUGGAGCCCCUUUACCUGAGCAACAAAGCCCUGCCGAGCGGAUGCAGUACGGAGCUCGAGAACGUAGCCAACAAUUCGCUGGCCAACUUGGUCCGGCAGUUGGCCGACAUCGCCGGCCAUGCCACCAGCAUCUUCGACGGGAUAUGCGCCGAGGCCCGGGACAUUCACGAUCGUUCGUGUCGCCUCAGAACCCGCACGGACAGCUUGUCGGAAUAUUUGCAGACUCUGGAUGCUAGGGCCGUGGAAGUUCCUGUGUCCACCCUGAGCGACUUCAAGAGCUUGACAGACCACUAUCGCUACCGUUCCUCAGUCCAGGAAAACCUCAUCACCCAGGCCUCCCGACCGCAGUGCAUUGAGCUGCAGUACCGUAAAGCCAGCACAGACCUCAAGGACAUCUUUGAGAAGUUGAAGGAAUACCAUGAAGACACGGUCACGGUAUCCAACCUUUGCCAGAGUAUCUCCCUCUCUAGGCUCAACUGCGACACAGACUCAUCUGAGUACGACAUUGAGUUUCCCAGACCUGUGUGUACUCUGUCUGAUUCAAAUGAGCAGAGAAGACGGAAACCACUCCUCCCUUACUCCAAACUGCCGGCAAGGCCGCUGUCCGAGGGAGAUCUCCUUGAUGACUAUGUCCCACCAAACCGUGGUACCCUCCCCACCCCUGAGGAGCUCAUGCGUCGGAAUGUCACCCUGUCCACGGUGGUGGAUGUGGACACGUCCGGGACAGGCUUUGAGCGGAUGCAGAUGUUUCGCCGGUCACUCACCGCCAUGGGCCGGAAGCUGGAGAAGGCCAAGAAAAAGCGUUGGCGGCGAACCAUCUCUGGCAUCCCUGAUAACGUCCGGGCAGAGCUCCAGACAGAGUCUGCCGGGGAGGCGGACGAUGGCCGGUCCACGGACCGGGAGAAUGAGGAUAUGCAGAGUCUCAAGACCAUGAGCCUGGACCGCCGGACUUUCAGCCAGGUCAAGCCUGUGGAGUCGCCGGCAGUGGGCAUUGCUGUGGUCACCCCAAUCCGGACGCGGCGCAGGCCCAAGUCUCUACGUCUGCCGGGACCCAUCAUCUUCCCAGGACUCCAGCAGUGGAGGGAGAAUCACCAGGCCAAGCAGGAGAAGAAGCAGGAAGCCAAGGCAGGCAGCAGAGACAGACACUCGGUGGCACUGCCUGCUCAGACUGCUGUCCCCACUCCAAGUCCAAGUCAAGGUUAUUCAUCCUGCUCUGAUGACAAAGCCUGGCCAGGACCAAGCCAGAGACGGCCCCAAUCAUUGGCUUUACCCCCCAGCUCAAUCCCACAAUCCCUAGCCCCAUUGGCACUGCUGUCCCCUGCUCAGCUCGCAGGAAAGAAAGUCUAUGUAACCUCCAACAGAACAGUGCCCAACGCCGUCAUUCCAACCAGCUCUGUUACCAUGACGAUCAGCACAUGCAAAACGUCGUCAGGGAGCAGGGACAGCCAAGAUGGCCUCCCUCUAAAUGAACUUCAAACAGGACUCCCCUCCACUAAGGUCCGACUACGGACCGCUAAACCGACAGUGAAGAGAGAAGAGCGACAAUCCAGCUCCGGCAACUGGAGUGGAACAGACAGUGCACGGACAUCCAUGAACUCUGACCUGGGCAGUGCAAUGAACUGUGACUUUUUGGGCUCCACCACAACUUCCCCGUCUGAUUCAGCUGUUUCCCUCUCCAGUGAGAAUAUCUCCUUCCCCAAAUUCAGUGGGGGUUUGAAGAGUCUGGACCGAAAGCACAGCCGAGGGAAGUCGGACCAGCCGAGCGGUCACUUGUAUACUUCGGCGGGGGAGUCCAGCAGCGAGUCCUCUACCCCGACCAACAGCCCCAAUGUGGGCCGCAGCGGUUUCACACAAAUGGACACGGACUCCUGGCUGCAGAGCGUUGGGGCGGCCACUGAGCGGAGAAUGCCCCCGGAGGCUGGCAAUGUCGCCCCUGCUAGGAAGUCACCCAAGGGCCAGCAGUGUGAAGUCAUCUUCACCUCAGACGCACUCUCUGACUCCUCGUCGUCAUCGGAGAACCCAGCCAGCUCGUCAGCCCUGUCAGACAAUGGCAGCAUAGACCUGGAUGCCUGCCUGGCCGACAUCAACAGUGAUUUCAUUGACUCAGACAGCACUUCUGGUCAUUCCGUUGACCACGAAGGUUACUGGACGUCCAUGCACUCGGACUGCGGCCUGCCAUACCGUCGCACCAAGAAGCGCAAAUCGAGCCCUUCCAAGGAGCCCCUGCCAGUUAACCUCAGGAUUGGACCUCCAGCAGUGCAGCCUAAACCUAAAAGAAUAUCAUUGGUCGUUGCUGCACCUGUGGUUCCAUCUUCGACCUAUCAGAAGAAGGCACCACCUCUCCCACCCAUUCGAGUGGAUUCUGUUUCUUCAGGUCAGUCCCUCAACACCCAACAAAACGACCAAACUCAAAAUGAAGUGGGUCACAAAUCCUCAAGUCUGCUGCCGCCAUUAUCCUUCCAAGAUGAUAAUCGUAGCGUCUCACCGUCCUCCCUGACCGACACUGCCUCUGAGGCCAGCACCAUCAGCAGUGACACCACCACCACCCCCACGCUGACCCCGGUCCAGACCCCAACAGACCCGGCCCUGUACAAGCUCUGCUUCGGUGGGAGUUCCAAAUCCCUGGAGAGCCUUGACAGUCAGUUGAGCGGCUCCCAGGGGAACGGUCCCACCUCCAGGGUAGAUGCCUGGACUGCUGAGGUCUCUGAGAGCUUUCAUUUUGGACAGGAACCUACCAGGUUUGGCACUCCGACCUUAAAUGCCACCACAAGCUCAUGUGUCUUGGCACCACCUGUUCAGGAACAAGCUUCUGUGGCCAAGUUCCGACCCCAGCUCAUCCAGCCCUCCAGUUCGGUCCUUCCUAGAGUGUCGCAGGCUCAGCCUCUCGUCUUUCCCCAGCCAGCCGUUGUCCCUAACUCCCCAACCCAUGAGGGCAAAAUGAAGAUGCUGAACGCUCGCGACAAGUUCUUUGGAAUUUCCCGUACUACAAACACAAACAGCGGAGCUGUUGCUAGCGACACUGCAAAUGGAACUGCAGAUGGUAACGAACAAACUUUGCCUGAUGAAGUCCUGGAGAGUGAAGAGAUAGUGUCCCCCAUUGGUGUGUACCCUGAGAAGUACAACACUUUGAAGCGAAGACCAAAACAUGAGGCGGAUGCCUCAAAGAAAGCUGCAGCAAAAAAAACUCAAGACCUCAGUAACUCUCUAGUCGUGUCUGACGUGUCUGCUGAUGAUGUCUUUGAUGAGCAAUCUGAAGUUUGUGCGCCUGAAGGGAAGACGGUCGCCUCUCAGGCCAAGAAAGGCCUCGAUACCCUCCAGCGCAAGCGUUUCCAGGAGUAUGUCAGCAACGUCCAGAGCCAGGCGCCCCAGAACUACAACUCCAUCAACAGUCUGAAGGAGUCUGCACCGGGAAAUGGCACUCAGGCCAUGACCAGGGAGCAGAGGGAGGAGAUUCUGAACAUGCUGCGCCGAACCAAGAACAGCAAAGUGGUCAACUCUCCCUCCCUGCCGGAGCCCAGCCUCAAGAAAUGGGAUGAUCCGCCCAGACACGAACUGGGCAAGAUUCACGAGAAUGUGACUGUGCAGGAGCCGGCAUUACAGCAGGAAGAAGAAACCAGUGAGAAGGCAUCCUUCAGGAGCUCUUACUACGACAGCGUGGAGUCCGAAAACUUGGAUCCGGACUUAGCAAUCAUCCGGGCAGCCGAACAGAUGGAAAAACAGCUGCGGCUUCAGCGGCAAAGCCCGAAUGCACCAGUUAUGUCCUCCCCCUCAGAGCCUGAUGACAAUGUCUGGUUGCCAAAUUCCCAACCUUUCAGCAGAAAUAGCAUUGCCUAUCGCUCCAUCUACGACUCGGAGAUGUGCGGUAAUUCCUUCAGCCAUAUCCCCUCCAUGGACAUGGACAAUUCCUACGUCUAUGACCCCAACCUGAAACCAAAGAGCUCCAUCCUGAAAGUGAGAAAGCAAGGAGACACAUCCCGAAGCGAGACCAAAUCUAACGGGAUGAAGCAUCACUCGUCCACACUGUCUGGAGGACAUGGACAGGCCACGAUGAGUCCCACAGACUCAGUCAGCUCCCUGAACUCCAUCCGGAGCAUCACAUUCUCCGAUACACUCGACGUGGAGCGUACCCCGGUCAAGGUGUGUCCCCUGUCUGGAAAGCCACAGACGCCCAUGGAUGACUUUAAAAUGCUCCUUCAGCAGCACUCGGGGCCCAGGAGGGGACAGUCAGCAUGCUCUGCCCUGAACGUGCAGCCCAAAUCACCGAGGACACCGAGCACAGCAGAGCUGCUCUACUCUGGCAGCAGGGCAGGCACCAUCCAGGAGGAAGGCACCAAAGUACAAGACAGGAAGAUCGUCACCAUGAAAGACUUGAGGACUGCCAUGGCUAACCCCAGGACCAACUCCAGGACAGGAGAUCUUGGCCUGCCCUACGAGGAGCUGCAAGCUCAGAACAGGCAGAGGAGCCCGAAGAACAGCCCCACGGCAAGUCCAAACAGCACUCUGACUAAACAGGACAAGGGGGUCAGAUUUGAUUUUGAACAGGUGCAAGAUAUGACCUCAGACACCAAUGCUAGCAAGAGCCUGGAUACUGGGCGAGUUGAAAGUCUUCCCAAUGGGAAUGUGAAUGAUUUGACUCAAGAUGACCAAAGUCGGCAGUCGUUGAAGGUAGGAGGGAAUGAAAACGGGAAGGUAAGCAGUCAAAGAAAUUUGGGACUGCUGCCUGAACAAACGAACAAGAGGGUUGUGUUAAACCAUUCUUCUGCAUCUGACCCAGGGGAAAUUCCAUCAAGUAAAGUCAAUGCUGUCAAAUCGGGGUCAGAAUCCGUCGUCCCGGGUGAUAACAUUCCAAUCAGUCAGGCGAACAAGGCGAAGAGCAUCAAGAGUCCGCCAGAUCUGACCUCUCGCUUCAUGCCUCACCUGACAGAGUCGGCCUCCGACUCUAUCCUGUCCCGCAAGGACCUGAUGGACGAGAUCCGGCGGCGGGGUGGGGCCGGCCAGCAGGGCUCACGCCAGGAGGCGGUGGCUGCACUGGAGAUGCAGCAGCUGCAGCGCAAGCUUAGCACCUCUUCCUUGCCCAGCCUGACCACCGCCGGCGCCGGCCCCACACCCGGGGGUAGUAAGGCCCUGGGCUCCUUACUGGACAGCAUGAAGACCGCCCUCAAGAGCAUGGAAGUGGCCAGUCCGGCAGUUGAAGGGGAGCACGAAAAUGACAGCAGUGCUUGGGAAUGAGCCACAUAUUGCAGGUUUCUGGUUUUCGAAAAUGCUUUCACUUCAUCUGUUGUUUUUAAAUUGAAAAACAGAUAAAAAUUUUCAUGCAGCUGCCAGUUUUGGUUAAUAGCAAAGAGAAAUAUACAUGUAUUUGGCGCCCUCACUACUUGCAGGCACUGCACAAGCAGUGCUCCCUGUAUCUUGCAAACUUGGUGUUUGAUUCAGUUUAAAGCUGGAAAAUCUACAAAUCUCUACAUUCCUGAGGGCACCAUAAAUGGUCAUUCACUCUGUUAGUAGCCAGAUCUGGUACCCUCAAUGAAAGUGUACACUACAUUCUUGGUGACCAUUUUAUCUGUUGUUUUUAACCCAAAAUAUUGGCAUUUUUAUGGACUGCAUACACAAGUUCUGUGUCUCUUCAGGCUUACAUUGCUUGCACUUACAGUACUGUGUUACAUGUGUACUAAACACACAUAUGGCAUGGCUCAGCCUUGACCCUACCAGUACAAGACAGACAAAUAGUUACUUUUUUGUGUCGGUUGCGAGAGACUUUGAUGCAUGUAGAUCACUGUUGCUCAAGUUAUUUUUUAGUACCUUUUUCGGGAGAGAGGGUUGAGAUUGUCAUUUUUAAAAAGAUUUUUUUUUUAUCGUGUACUUGAGGGGCUCUGUGUCUCAGAACCUGUGUGCAGUCAACACUCGUUACAAUAAAGUUACAGGGACCAGAGAAAUUACUUGUUUGUAAUCGGGACUUUAAUAUGAAGGGAUUGAGAAAACAGAGGAACUCUAGAAGUAUAGAUUCUCAGAAUUCGUUCUUUAUAUCGAGAGUUGACUGUGCCGCUGCAUGUUCGCAUACUUGAUGCAUCAGUGAGUUGAUUUGUCUUUUUCCACUUGUCAGAUCUGGGGGUUCAUUUGCUUUGGUAUUGACCCAGUUUCCAAGACAGUCCAUUCGUGGGUAAUGUUUCGGGCCUAAAGGCUAUUCGGACCGGCGCAUGCCCAAAAGAGCAUAGUUGCUUACUCUGCAGAAAGCCAGUCCGGUCCUCGCUGUGCACAUUGUAUCCAGUGCGGUACACUGGAUAGAGAUGUGUGAAAAACUAACAAGGCUGUACAGUCUGUGUCAACACAGCAAAGGGAGAGAAAGAGAAAACUAAAGCUGCCGGCGUUGUAGCACUGUAUAAUUUCACGGGGGCCUCAUAGGCUGUGUCUUGCUCUGUACUUGAGGAUUUGGGGAAUGCGGUAUUGAUUUUAGCGGCAGCGCGUGCCGCGCUGAAAUGUCAUUCCGGGUUACGUAAACAAUGCAGGAAUUGGGAGUUCUUGUAUUUCUCUGAAUAUGAAAAGCCCCAUCUUCUUUUGAUGAUAAAGUUCUCCUAAAGUAUUAAACCUGAUUUAUUCCCUUUUUCUCCACAAAUUUGAGAUCAGAGAUGUGUGGGCAUUAAAUGUGUCCUGUACGUCCGACACUGCAGGCAGAAAUGUCAGACCAAGGGAGUACAUUUAUUGUACAUGCACAAGAGCACUCUGGACCAUCAAAGCCAAGUGCACGCCUCUGAACAUGGGACAUCUGUACAUUUAAGACUGUCCCCUAUCCCAUUCAAAGAUCAAGGACUUCUCAAUUUCAACCCGAACUCCUUGGUUUCUCCCCCUUAAAAGUCCAGUGGUCCGUUUCUACUUGCAGUACCCGAUUAACAUUCUUGUGAUUUAUAAAGCAAAUUGUAGACACCCACAUCCUAACUCUUGCCAAGGUUGCAUAGCCUUGAAUUUCUCCUAGUCAGGUGAAACACAGCUCAUUUUGGACACGUAUUGGGCAAAAGGGCUCAUGUGGCCACUUACAUGUAUAAUCAUGUAUUUGGUUUGUGUACAAGUUUAUAUUUGGUCAUUUGUGUCUGUAUGCAUGAAUGGGAAUGCACAGACAUGUCAAAUGCACAUUGUCCAUUUGCAUGUUCCUGCAUAGAUUCAACUGCAUGCACAUGUACACGGACACUACCGGAUUUAUGACUGAGGACCUGCUCUUGCAAAUUUGCGAGGCAAUCAGCCUGUUCCUUCAUUCUGGCUUUCCAUCAAAGUGCCAUUUAAAUGUACAUGUACAUGCUCUGAGUACAUGCACCUGAUCAGAUAGCUACCCUGCAGUGUGUAAUUUAUACCAGUGGGUGUACGUAGUCCAUACCUUAUGCUAAUUCCACACAAGGGGUAGCCAGCAAGGAUUUCUUUAUGCAAAUUUGUUCCUAUAACGCAUGCAAGAUUUGGAGAUGCGCUUUACAUGUAGAUGCAAAUGUGAAGAGAGAAAGAACAAAAGUGUGUCGUUGCCUUCUGUAAUUAUUGUAAGAGAUGCCAAAGUUCUAUGUACAUGUAUUUUAGUGAUGAAUCUUUUAGAUCAUUGAAUCCUUCCUUGCAGUUUGUUGUGUCAGUGCUAAAAGGUCGCUAUCGAGAGAUUGCACCAAAAGGUCCUUAUUGAUUUUGUUUUAAACAUGAAUUUGGGCAAGAAAAAUUGGUUGAAGUCUAACCCUAACCCCUUAGAGUGUAUGUCAAAUCACAUCAAAAACAGGAGGAUUUGGGACUGUAACACAUGGUGGCUCGCCAAAAACGACACGCAGCUUCAUAAAUAAACAUUUGAAAAUGUAGUCUGUUUCAGUAAACUGUUUCUUUCAUGCUGAGAGGAGGGCCUCAGACUUGACAGUGUUGGCGCCAUGACUUUCUAGCACUAAGCUCACGAAUUGUUGUAUAAAAAAAUAGCGUAAAAUGUUAUUUCAAAGUGCCUUCUGGUGUGAGCUGAAAGUUUGGUAUUUGUACAUGUAUUUGAUGCAAAAUGCUACCAGCACGUAAAUUGCAAGAUGAAGAUAUCAUGUGGCAGUGUUUGUUCAUGUUCAAUUUCACCACUGAGCCACAGGUGUUUACCAACGAGCCAGUCUGCUGAGUUUCCCCCCCCCUUUUUUUCCCAGUCUCGUGCAACUUCGACAAUAGCCCGUAUCACGCCAUGGUAACCGAUACGUGUAAGCCUAGCCCAGACCAGUUGGGAAUGUGGCUUGAAUUGCACUGUCCCAACACUUCAGUUUUUGUCACACUGUCAGCUGUACCGAGCUCAUGUCAGUUUUCUGUUUCCUGCCGAGUUGACAGCCAGUCUUGAACAUCUCCCUUUUUUAUCUCUCAGUUGGCAGAGGGGUGGGGGGAUGUUUGAAGAAGGGAUUUCCAUCAUUUGAGUGUUGCCAUUGAGGGCAUCGUGGCCUGACCAGUAUCGAGCGGAAAUUUAAGUGUUCUUGCAUGUUUUAAAUUGAACAAGUUUCUGAAACAGCAGUUUCAUAAAAUUAUCAGUGUCCACAAUUUGGUCAUACUUUAAUGACCAAAAACACAUGCUUGUGGCUUUUUUUUUCAGCUCUAUAUUUAAGCUGCUAGAUUUGCUCAGUCACCAUAGCUACGAUAUCGCACCCAGGGGUUUGAUGUUCACCACCAGCCAAACCAGGCCCCACAGUGCGUGUCAAUUUACCAAACUGGCUCAAUAUUUGCCAUUGUGGCCUGCUGGCAUUAUCGGCCUACCCUUUUCUGUUUGUCUGAUUUCCCAACCUCACUCUAUUUCUGUCACUAUCUAUUACCCCAUCUACACAGUCCUCUGAUGCAGUCCAUCUUUCUUCUCUCCCCCUUUUUUUCUCUGUCGUUUUGGCCCCCUGUACCGUGAGUGCACUUCAUAGAGCCCCCCCUCGUCUUGUUGGGUGGGUUUGCUUGUUUUUCCUUCCCUCCCCGUGAUGCCUGUCUCCCACAAGACGUAUCGUGAAUUCAGCUGUGGGCCCCUAGGCUCCAGACUACGCGUUGGCUGUAAAUGAGAGUCCAUUUUCUUUAGAAAGAGAGAAAGCCAAAUUUCUCCAAGCGAGGGUGAGGGGGUCGGUGAGACUGAGAGACGAACAGUGAAAGAAGGCAGCGGGGGGGGUGGUAUCCAUGAAUAUGUGCAUUGGCAGUAGUUGUUUGGUUCUCUCUUAGAAAGACCCCCCGGAUUCCUUUGCAAAAUGCAGCACAGGGAAAAGCGACCGACGGUCAGGAAUUCUUGCAUUGUCUUCCCAGCUCUUGCAGCAGAGUUGCCGGGGACAUGCAUGAAUGGCAAUUUAAGGAUUGAGUACGGGGAAAAAAUGACCAGAUUGAGACGAAUAUAAGCUGUCCUCAAGAAAAGCAGCAAGUUACACAUUACUUUCAGAGAGAGCAAUGUGUUGUUGUCACAGGAUGUGGUUUUAUGGGGCUAUACAGGAAAAAAUGGUUCCAAAAAGGCAUUUACAAAAGGGGUGAAAAAUUGACUGCAGGCCAAAAAAAGAUCUCUUGUCAAGAUGAAUUCCUUUGUGUGCGCGUGUGCACAUAACAGGUUUGAUAGUGUACAUGUUCCCAAGUCUACAGGCGUUGCACGCAUGUUGGUUCAAACUAGAUACAGAAUUUUUCCAAUCUGUUUCGACACUUUAGUUGUUGAGACUUCCAGAUCAAGCUGAUAUCAAAUCUCAACUUUACCAUGGGCAAAAUAUUCUAUUGUUUACACUGCAAGUUUUGUUCAUGUAGGUUUUUCCUACACCUAUGUUGGAGUGCAUGUACACUUGUUCAUGUAUUCAGUUCACAGAAAGAGAAACCCCACCAACACAUUUUUUUCUGAUGAAACUUUUGUUGUCAGCUAGAGAAAUUCCGCUCCCCAGAAGAACUUGAUCUAAAAUAUUGAUGACUAGGGCCAAAGAGUCAGGAGCCUUCGGUGUCGGGGGCCGCUUGUAUGGCAGUGAUAGGUUUGGGGGGGGGAUCCAACUGGGGAAUUCUCUAGGCUUGGAAAGAAAUGAGGAUUGUGUCAUAUUUCGGUCAUGAACUUCGAGAGUGUUUGCUUACAAUGCACAAUCUUUUUUGUAUUUUAUUACUUCCAUGAGAGUUCUUGGGGGCAAGCUGAACGUGCCAAUAGUAUUUCCAUGUGUUAUACAUUGUCGGGGUUUCCCUUGGGGAAUGUAAUAAAGGCAGUACUUUAUGGCUCCUUGAUUUAAUUUAAACGGGGUCGUUUUUGUCAGUGUUUUUUUUUCCUUGGGAGAUGAAUAAGUACGUUUGCUAAAAUAAUUCCUGCAUUUUAAGAUCAUUUUGUCUCAUUCCAGAAAGUUCUGCAUUAAAGAUUUCAUUCAUGCCUGUUCUCUAGUUCAGAGAAAGGACUCCCCCACAUAUACACACACACGCACACCCUCACAAAAGUCAGCAUAUUUCACAAAAUUAAUGGCAGGGAAUUGGGCCAGGCAGUGUGUUUCGGCCCCGGCCUGCGACGUCGAGCAGUGUCGUCCCUGCUCACGCCAUGCGUGACGUGUUUUUGCGGGGGACUUGCUGGACAUGACAGAAAAGAAAGGCGGCCAGACCACUGUCUAUGCUUUUUCUCCCAAGCUCUAGUUUCUGCAGUGUUUUACAGUCUGCGAGCAGGUUGAGGAGAGCCAUACGCUCAAGAAAGAAAUGUGCCUCGCUCAUGGAAAAAAGCGUGUGUGUUUUUUUUUCUAAUUGGUGACAUUGGGUAGUUGAUAUUAUAUUCUCCAAGGGGGUAUAGGUUCUGGCUUGAAUUCAGAUCAAACAACAGGGUGAAGAGGGUUGAUUUUGACCCAGUUGUGUAAAGUCUGUGACAGUCUUUGUAUGUAUUGAACAGUAUGCUUGCCUGUUGCCUUUGAUCGAUCGAGCUGAUCCAUCAAUGCCCAAGAAAAUUCCUCCUUGCCUGGAUGCAGAGUGUAUUGCAUCAGUUGCUUCUUUCUCCCUUCUUUCAUCUCCCCAUCCCCCCAACCACCUUGUCAUCCCCGCUUGCCACUCUCACACAAUCUCGCUUCAUUUCCUGUGCGUCCUCCGUCCUGUCUUCUCUCUGUUCCUCUUGAUUUGUUUUCUGAGCUCAUUCUUAUUCUGGUCAUUCCGUCCCCGUUUCCCCCCCGUCACUUGUCUGUCCUCUCUUCUCAUUUUUAGUUGUUUUUUUUCCCCCCUCGGUGGCGGCCAUUCUUAAUUUCAUCUCUCGGCUCACUGCCGCCCUGUCUUUUUUAUUCGGUUUUUUUUAGGGGUCCAAGUUGGAGGCAAGAAAAGAGAGGGAAGGGGGGGCUAGAGCUCAUUGAUUUGGUCAGCCGUCUGCUCAGUUGUGAGGGUCUUGUGGGCGAGUCAUGAAUGUGCAUAAGCUCCCCCCCCCUUGAAACCGAUGCGGGUGCAAAUGAACAAUGCUAGGCGCAUAUUGGCAGGGGUUUUUUUUCAGCGCCCAAGUUUGGGAUUGCUCAAGGCUCUUGGCUUUGCGGAAGUUGGAUCCCAGAUUAUUGUGUGUAAUUAGCUACCCUGUGGUCCAUCUCCCAUCUUAUGAAGGGCGCAGGCUCCCAUUUUGGGCAGUGUGACACCCCGCAAUUGCAAAUAGUCCCCCCCCAAAAAAACCCAGCAACUUGAAAAUGGUUACUCGAUAUGGCAAACUCGCUCUGCUAAUUCAAUUAAAAAGAUUUCUAGCCUUCAGUGCAACACUCUCUGUCUCAAUAAGGCCUUCUGAGUUUGUUAACGAAAGGGCAUGACAGUGAUGUAGCGACCUAAUUUCCCCCUCGAAGGGAACUGAAGCAGCAAGGACGUCACUGGCCCCCAGUAACAUUGUUCUGCCGAGUGUCCUACAGUACAGGUACAUCACAAACCCCUUUGCAGAUAACGAUACUGAGUACGUCAAGAAAAAAAAUGCUUAGAGCAUCUAUUUCUACUCAUGUGUAAUCCGUAACUGUCUUGCCAACCCCCCCUCGGCUUUUUGAGUGGUCAAACUACAGGCAAGAUCCCCUCCCCCCCCCGAUAUGUCCUCCUGAUAAGCCAUACCGGCACCAUUAGUGAUUGAUUUGUCUCUUGGCAUCUUCUCACUGAGUGGAGGGAUAUUGGACGUAUUUAAAUAGCAUCAGCGAUAGGGUGACCCAUUUGAAAAGUAAAUCACUGCGAGGGGUUUAGUAGGAGAGGCGAUAGUUGUUUCUCUAGAAGCUUCUUGUUCAGCUUGGGUGAGACGCUGGCUGGCGUGUUGCUAAAUCCAAUCUUCUGUGAGGAAUUUUGCUUAGAACGCUACAGUGGGCUGCUUUGUAAUAGUCACUCGUAUGGUUGUCCCAAUAGGCACGCUGCAACUGCUGUUACCCAUAGAGAGAAAUGCCGUGUGUAGCUCUUUGCAUGUUAAAGAGGUGCUCUCAAAGAUCUUUAUAUCAUGAUCAAGAGGAUGUGCCCUUUACUGCGUGGAGCCGACUGCCCUUUUACAUGUAAUCGAAGACAGCCAAAUGAACUUUGCACUGAUUUAUACAUUGGCACUUGUGCAAGCACUGUGAGAACAUUUUUUUAAGUGGGAAUUUUGAAGUUGAUUGCUUGAGUUUUAUUCAAUGUUGCCAAACAGCUGAGCGGUGGGUAAAAGUAGCAUCUUUGUUACUUAGUACCAUCUGUGCAAAAAGGCGGGGGGGAUAUCCUUUGCUGUCAAACACAUUGUGAUAUGUAGUGCUGUCCAUGUCAGAUACGUGUAAGUUUGUCAACGCGAAUUUUGAUGCGAAACCAGCAAAUGGUGGUUAAUGUACAAUGUACAGUGUGCAGUUCUUCUUGAAACCUCGUUACCAGAGCUUCCAUACUAUGAUUUGCAGAAUAGCAAAUUUUGUACUACGAGUACUGUAAAGACUUAGGUUUUUAUCUGAGAGUUUAAACGGCAGGAUUUGACACUGAUGCUGUUUUUCAUUUUAAUAGUUCCAUAUUCGAAGGGACUUUGACGAUUUUGUCCCAAAGAACGUUAACCAAAAUUUAAGCUUUAUUUCCACACUGCAAGUUCUUUCUUUAAUAACGUUUUUCGUGACUUACUGCAACAGCAGUUUUUUAAAAGUAAAUUUCAGCUGUUGUAUUCAUAAUCUUGUAAAAUGCAUGUAAAGAAGAAAAUCUAGAAAUUAAGUUAUUGAUCUACGGUGAAUACUUGCUGAUAUUAUUAAAAAUAGGUACUAAGAACAAAAUUCCAACGCCUUAUUGUGUAUUUAUUGUGCUUGUUUUCCUUUGAAUUAUGACACGGUUGCAUUUGUUAUCUUGCUAAUUUUGUGAACUUGGUUUGGAGUAUGUGACGCUAGUUUACAUGUAUUUUAUGAUUUCUAGAUCUUCUGGUCUUUUAUAAUUUGUAAUUUGGCAUUUAUUUGAUGGAUUAGGUUUUAAGUCGUAAUGUACAUGAUUAGUUUCUGUGGAACUAAAACUGUCUGCGUCCUUGUGUACAAAUUUUGAUUUAAAAGUCAAAGCGAGUUGUUUGUCAUUUGAGGAAAGAAAUAUUGUACAUGUAGGUAGUUUAAUGCAGGGUCUAAGUGUUUGACUUUUGAAAGGACGGGGACAGUUCCACUAUCAAACCUUUUCAAGAGUUUCUUUUUGUUGCAUAGAUAUGUAAUUGAGCUCCUAUGUUAAAAAUUGUGUUUCAGAAAUUGUUAUGAAUUUUAUUCUGUAUUUCUCUUUGUGAAUGAUGAACUGUUGUAUAAUUCUAGUGUUGCGGGGAAAAA